CUCUCUCGCGGCGAGAAGGAUCUCUAACCCCCACCCACCGCUCCACACACACACACACACACCUACUCCCCUGCUGUGGAUGCGCGACUCUGGAGGAGCUUGAGCCAUGCGGCGGAGCUUUCCGCUUUGGCUCCGGAGCUUGCUGUGCUUCUGGACGGCCUUGGUGGGACCCACUGCAGGUUCUCGUCCUCGCCUUGAGGAUUCCUCUCCGCGGAUCAUAGAACAUCCCUCUGACCUCAUCGUGUCCAAGGGGGAACCGGCAACAUUGAACUGCAAAGCAGAAGGACGCCCCACUCCCAUCAUCGAGUGGUACAAGGAUGGGGAGCGAGUGGAGACCGACAAAGAAGACCCUCGGUCUCAUCGCAUGUUGCUGCCGAGUGGCUCCCUUUUCUUUCUGCGCAUCGUGCAUGGGCGGAGGAGCAAACCCGAUGAGGGAGUGUACAUCUGUGUAGCCAGGAACUACCUGGGUGAAGCAGUCAGCCGGAAUGCAUCUCUGGAGGUAGCCAUCUUGAGAGAUGACUUCCGGCAAGCUCCCAGCGAUGUGGUAGUGGCUGCCGGUGAGCCAGCUGUGAUGGAGUGCGUCCCACCAAGAGGACACCCAGAGCCCACCAUAUCCUGGAAGAAGAACAACAUUCGCAUCAGUGAUAAGGAUGAACGCAUCACGAUCCGAGGUGGGAAGCUGAUGAUGUCCAACACGAGGAAAAGCGAUGCCGGCAUGUACAUCUGUGUGGCCACCAACAUGGUGGGUGAACGUGAUAGCGAACCUGCAGAACUGGUGGUGUUUGAGCGGCCCACUUUCAUCAAAAGGCCCAUAAACCAGGUGGUCCUUGCUGAGGACACUGUGAAUUUCCACUGUGAAGUUCAGGGGGACCCUGUGCCGACAUCUCGUUGGCGCAAGGAAGAAGGAGAGCUUCCUCAAGGGAGAUCGGAGGUUCAGAAUGAUAAUACUCUGCGUAUCAGCCGGGUGAGUGCAGAGGACGAGGGCACAUACACUUGUGUGGCAGAGAAUAGUGUGGGCAAAUCUGAGGCUUCGGGCUCCCUCAGCGUCCAUGUUCCACCUCAGUUAGUGACCCGGCCUCGGGAUCAGAUUGUAACCCAAGGCCGCACCGUGACAUUCCAGUGCGAGACCAAAGGAAACCCACCGCCAGCCGUGUUCUGGCAGAAGGAAGGCAGCCAGAUCUUGCUUUUUCCCAGUCAGCCCCCUCAGGCGAUGGGCCGCUUUUCCGUAUCUCCAAGCGGCGAGAUGACGAUUGUGGAUGUGCAGACCUCAGAUUCAGGCUACUACAUGUGCCAGGCCAUUAGCGUGGCUGGAAGUAUCUUGGCCAAAGCCCUCCUGGAGGUGGAAGAUGUGACAUCAGAUCGUAUUCCACCAAUUAUUCGCCGAGGGCCAACCAAUCAGACGCUUGCCAUAGAUUCUACAGCACAGCUGCAGUGCCAUGUGACUGGGAACCCCCUACCCAGCAUUCAGUGGCUGAGAGAUGGACAACGGAUUGUGGGCAGUGACCCAAGAGUCAGUCUGUUAGACAACGGAACACUGCAAAUUACAAACCUACAGAUUUCAGACUCCGGACUCUAUGUUUGCAUUGCUACAAGUUCAACCGGCGAGACGAGGUGGAGCGGGUUUCUGGCAGUUGAAGAGAAUGGGGCUGAUCUCCAGACUCAGCUUCCAGAGCCGAGCCUUCUCCCUGGACCGCCUUCUGCACCUCUGGUCACCGACGUCACCAAGAACAGUGUGGCUUUGAUUUGGAAGCCAAAUCCCAUGAGCGGGGGUGCCGCUGUCAGUUCAUACAUAAUCGAAGCAUUCAGUCAAUCUUCAGGUAGCACGUGGCAGACAGUGGCAAACAAUGUGAAGCUUGAGAAGCACACGGUCAGCGGCUUGAACCCCAACACCAUUUACCUCUUCCUCAUACGGGCCGUCAACACCUACGGCCUGAGCGACCCCAGCCCUGUUUCGGAGCCGGUGCGUACGCAAGACGUGAGUCCCACCAGGCAAGGGGUAGACCACCGCCAGGUUCAAAGAGAACUUGGAGAAGUUGUGGUCCAGCUCCAGGAUCCUGUUGUCCUCACUUCCACCACCAUCCAAGUGACCUGGACUGUGGAUCGCCAAGCUCAGUUCCUCCAAGGCUACAGAGUGAUGUACCGGCCCAGAAAUAGUGCCUGGCUGGUGCAGGAUGUGAAGUCGCCUGCUGAACGAAGCACGGUCCUAGUUGAGCUGCACAAAGGCCAGGAGUAUGAGGUCAAAAUCCGCCCGUAUUUCGAUGAGUUCCAGGGCAUGGACAGUGAGGUGCUACUGGUGCGCACCCCGGAAGAAGCUCCCAGCGCUCCUCCUCAAGCAGUUACCGUAGUAACAGUGGGGCCCAGAAACAGCACCAGUAUCAGCAUAUCCUGGGAGCCCCCUCCACCCGGAGAACAAAAUGGGAUCAUCCAGGAUUACCGGGUUUGGUGCCUGGGGAAUGAGACUCGUUACCACAUCAACAAGACAGUGGAUGGCACAGUGCGUUCGACAGUCUUGCUGGGUCUGGUGCCCGGCAUGGUUUACCGCACGGAGGUGGCAGCAGUGACCAGCGCAGGCAUUGGAGUGAGGAGUGCCCCAGUUGCCAUACAGAUCAAGCCUUUGCCGGACCAGGACACUGUGCCUGUCAGCAAUGGCGACAGCGUGAGCCUUGCUGAGCAGAUCACGGACGUAGUGAAACAGCCGGCCUUCAUUGCUGGCAUCGGUGGGGCCUGCUGGGUCAUCCUGAUGUGCUUCAGCGUGUGGAUCUACUGUCGCCGGAAGAAGAGAAAGGAACUGAGUCACUACACAGCUUCCUUUGCGUACACGCCAGCAGUCUCUUUCCCCCAUGCGGAAGGGUCAGCACGUGGCGGUGGAAGCCGCCCUGGCAUGCUGGCCAUGGCCACUAGUGCCUCUAGCUAUCCGUGGCUAGCAGAUUCGUGGCCAGCCCCAAACCUGCUGCGGAACGGGAAGACGAAGGAGCCUGGUGUGACCUGCUGCACAGGAAACCACAACGCCACCGAGAGAUACUAUAACGAUGCUGGGAUUUCUAAUUACAUUGCUCAGACUGAGAAGUUUGGGACGGGGGUGUCCGAUGGGCCCAUCUACAGCACCAUUGACCCAGCCAGCGAUGACAUGAGGACGUUCAAUGGGGCGUUUUCACAGCACACCACCCCGUAUGCCACGACGCCUGUGGUACCGUAUGGGGCGACACAUCUACACUCACCUGAUGAAGAGGAGACCCAGUGGAACACCCAGCCUGGGAUCUCCAGCAUCCAGUAUGCCCAGCCUGAGCGGGGCAGGGUGGAGACUGUUGCUAAGCCUGGGAAACAGAAAUCAAUGGGGAAGCCAGUGAAAACGCCGUCCCUCAACUGGACAGAAGUGCUUCCUCCACCCCCUUCUGCCAGUGAACUGAGCCAAUAUGUGGAGGAAGAUGAGGAGGAGGAGGAAGAAGAGCUAGAAGUUGGUUCCGAGGUGGAGGAGUGGUGCCCGCCCCUGCCAGAGAGGACCUACUUGAUGGAGAACAUCCAGGAAGAGGAAUGUCCUCCUCCCCCACCCCGUGGCGAAGCCUCCUCACCUGCAAAUUCCUACGGGCAGCAGUCCACAGCCACACUAACCCCCUCGCCCCGGGAGGAGAUGAGAGCUUCUGAGGACAUCCCCAGACUGCAUCACUUUGAGAUCCCGCACCUGCCCAGGCGGCUACCCAAUGGCACCGGGCCAUUGCCCAGGGCUUCAAGUCCGCCCUUGACUCAAUCCAACCCAAAUCUAAAUGUGCCCGAAGACGGACUCGAGGGCAUGGCUCCCAGGUCCGGCCAUCGACGCAACCUGAGCCAGACGCCGGCGCAUAGUGCGGAGAAUGUGGACUCCCCAGGAAUAGGCAAAAUGCACCCCAACCUCAGGGACAUGCCUCUCCCUCCAGGGCAGAAAGCAAAAGGCAAGAAGAAAUCGAAGUCCAGCCAUUACCGUCGAGAGAAGAAGCAGGGAGAUCUCCCACCCCCACCCCUGCCACCUCCCGCAGAAGACCUCAGCAGCUCUGCUCCAGACAGCACUCCCCGACUGGGCUGCGACCCCUCGUCCCUAGAGAAGGACACCUGUGGUUCUUCAGCCGUGGAGCGGAAGGCCACGCAUCGCACACUGGCAGGCCAGCACUACCACCAGCAUCGAGACGAGGAGGAAAUCGUCCCUUAUAGCAAGCCGAGCUUUCUCUCCAGAAGCCAGGUGUCCAGCAAUUGCUCCACAACAGGAAGUUCUUCUUCCAGAGGAUCAACAGGAUCUCGAGGCCAUGGGUCAGGCCGCAGCCGGACAACAGGGGAGCGCAGUGAGGAAAAAAGAUGAAACCAAAUGGAGAUGGUGUGAGCAGAGUGUGAGGCCUACGGAUUGGCAUCGGUGGACUUUGGGCCAGGGUGGGUGGGUGUUUCCGCGCUUCUAAUUUAUGACCCUUCGAAAGGAGCCAUGUGGCCGGGCCCCUUGUAAAUAUGUCUGUUCCCUGGAGGUUGGCAGUCCCUGGGAGCCAAGGAAGCUGUAUUUAUAAAUCACGACAAAGGGACGCUCAAGCCUUGGGCCUCAGCGGGCCAGAUUUUUGGAAACGUUGGCAUUUCUGCAACUGGAGAGUGUGUACCCAGUGGCGGGCAGCUUGGGGGAGGGACGGGAGAAGGCGAUGGGGAAGGAAGUCGGCCUUUGCUCAUCCAACUCAGAAGGGGCAUCGCAAGCAGCCCCACUGCACCAAGCACAUGCUCCGAUACUGCCCAGGUGCUCAGCCCUGCCAGCCACAAAGCAGAGAUCACCAGGUGUUUCUUUGGUAGCUAAUGAAUCCUUUUGUAACAUGACCAAUAAAGAUGUUUGUUAA